AUUGUGGCAACAAAAUAAAAUACUUGAUCCAAAUGGCAUACGUGAAAAAGACGUACCGUGAUCUCGAGGUAGUGCGUGGAACGACGUUGGUGGUCCCUUCGGUAUCCAUUGGAAAUGUUCCACAACUCGCCACUGACCUUUUAAUACACAAUUUGGCGUUCGAGCGAAUCGCUCACUUGAAGGACACUUACUUGUAUCCAUUUGCCUCACCGGUAGAUUAUGCUACUGGUACUUCCAUUGAUGGUGCUACCACCGGUGCAGGUAUCUCUACGGCAUUGGAGGUAUUUUACAGUGCCAAAUUCAACUUGACAUUGCUCCAGCAAAGAUCCCCCAUCAUUACCACCUUUACUGACAAGUUCAUUAAAGAAAUCAUCACUCCAUUCGUGAACGAUAACGAGUUUGCUGGUGUACUCAUGUUGGAUUCGGGUGACUCCGGACUUAGGGAAAGUAUUGUUCAGGGUACGGUGGAAACAUACACCAACGAAGAUCUUUUAAGCAAAUCGAUUGAGUCGUUGAAGCUCAAUGACCUGAUUAAAUCGCUCCGAGACGUUGAGUAUGUGAACUCCAAAUACAUCAAGAAUCUCAGUGGCUCUCUCGGGACUGACUGGUUGAAUGUGCUUGUGAUUUAUGUUUAUGAGGGGGAAAACUUCAUGGAAGCCAAUAUUCUUGCUCAAAAAGUGGUGGAUAAAUUAGAAAUUAAGGUGGAGGAGUGGGUUAAGCCUGUUAGUUGGAAAGGUGUUUACGGGGAUAAGCCGGUGCCAGUGGCCAUGGAAGAAGGAAUAUACGGCUAAGUUGAGUGGUUGCAAAUCUAUAGUCUCAUCUGUAAGUAUCUUUAGCAGUCCAUAUAUAUAAACUAACUUGUAUUAUAUUAUACGUAUUUGAUCUACUGAAACGUUCACACCAUUUCUCCCUCUAAUUAAAUGUCGGCACUAUCCCUCUGUCUGCUGAAACUUCCACAUCACUGGUUUUGAUAAUUCAAUGCAUAGGCAAUGGAAGCAGUGUAGCCGUACACACCCAACCCUGCCACCACUGCUAUGGCCUUAUCACUCAAGUAAGAAUGGUGUCUGAAAGGCUCUCUUUGGUGGAUGUUGGUGAUGUGAACCUCGAUAAAUGGAAUGGCUGUAGCCAACAAAGCAUCUCGAAUUCCAACAGAAGUAUGGGUAUAGGCUCCAGCAUUGAUAACAAUAAAUCCGACUCCUUCUAGACGGGCUUGUUGGAUGCGAUCUAUGAUGAAACCCUCGGUGUUGUUUUGGUAGACAAGUACUUGAGAGCCAUCAGAUUUAUCUUGUGCUUGCUUUACCGCUGCGUUCUCAAUAUCUGUCAACGACGUAGUACCAUAUUUUUCGGGUUCCCUGGUACCCAAGAGGUUUAAAUUGGGCCCAUUGAUUAAUAAUACUUUGUUCACCAUUCUGGAAUGUAGGGGUAGGUUUUACACUGGAUAAGUUAAUAUAUGUGGUUAACUAAGGCAGUCUCCAAU